AUGAGGAAGAAAACCAUUGCUAAAAGGCCUCCUCGUGAGAAAAUCCUCAAGCGUUCCUCCAAGCCAUCAACUCGCUCCCAAGACCAAACCUUCACACCCUCUCCUUCUCCUCCUACCUCUCCUCCUCGGUGUGACCCCAUGGCUCGUACCAAAAACACUCCUAGAUUCCCUGCCUCUGCCAAGCCGACGCCACCACCGAAGGUGACUCCUUCCAAGCCAGGCUCCUCAAAACCUGGUUCUUCAAAGCCUAACUCCUCCAAAGGCAAACGUCCGGCGGUUGAGGAACCUGUUUUCGAACCAACACAACCAAAAUCCAGAUUCAAAUCUACCAUUAAUAAUGACUUUUAUGAGGGGGUUAUCCAGUAUCGUAUCAUGUGUCCAUCUUUUCUCGCUAAUUUGCCAUCUUUGAAAAGAAAAGUUAAGUGGGAUGAAGGUGUUGGAAUUUCUUAUAAUGAUACAUUGGCUCACAUUUGUGAAUAUCCCAAAGGACCUUCUCGAUCUGAACGGGUGGUCUUAGAUGAUGAAGAUGAUGACUUUGUUCCUGAGGAAUCUUCCUCUCUUUCCACUGAGGGUACAUCCAUAUCUACUGGGAAGAAGUCGACUCUGCUGAAUGUGGUCAAAGAUGUUGUUCAGGAGUUUGUCUCCCAAUCCAAUCAUAUGAUUGCCAUGAGCAAGGAACAAAGGAAGCUGGCCAGCAAGCAUGAGAAUUUCCUAAAGAAAUCAAGGGAUAGAGUGGCUGUGUUCAUGACUUUCAUUGAUAACCUUCAAAAGGAUGAAGAUCCUGCCACUGAUGGUGAAGAUGAAGCUGACUCGGAGGGGAAUGGUUCAGAUGCCUAG